AUGAAUAGUGACAAUAACCCUACACGGGAACCUGGGUUCAAAAGAAGGAAGAUUGAACCGGAAAUUAGGAACAACAAUAGCCCACAACAAGCAACAUCAAACCCUGGAAGUAACGAUCAAGUUAUAGAAAUAUUAUCAGACGAAGAAACAGCGCCACCACUACAAUCAACCAAUACCGUCGUUCAUUUGGAUACAGAACUGGAGGACUCUAGUUUAAGUGAUAUAGACUAUCGUGAUGAUGAUAAUAACGGUGACGCAAACAAUGACGUGCAAAUCGUAAGUGUAAACACUGCAAAUCCAACUCCAUUAAGUACUCCACUGUCGAAUUUAAAUCACAGUGGCGUUCCCACAAACACAAACACCAACAACAACAACAACAACAAUAACAGAAAUGGUGAGGACAGGGACGAGGACGACGAUGAUUUGCAAAUAUUAGGAGUUCGAAAUAUAUAUGAUCCAAAUAAUGGACGUCUACUGACACCAGUGGGUGAUAUUCCAUUUGUUAGAGAGGAUAAUGAUUAUACAAUUGUUGAAGACGCUCCAAGAAGAAACCUAAAUCCAGCAAUCGCGAGGGCAAUACGGAGAAUAUUGGAUAUGGAACGUCGAUAUCCAUUACCAUCUCAAGAACAAAUUCGACAAAUUCUUAUGGAGAACCGACCAUGGAUGCAAGUUUCUCAAUCGGAAUUUCGUGAUAGAAGGGUGACCUUUGAUAAUUCUGCAGGAGGAGGAGGAGAAGAAGGUGGUGGUGGUGGUGGUGAAUCACAACCACGACCACAAAACUAUCAUGAGGCACUACAAGAAAGUGCCCGUCGUGCUCUAGCAGAACUAGCUGCAAUGAGAGAAGCAGCAGAAAGAGCAGAGAGAGAAAAUUCAUCCAGACAAGGAGAAAAUAGUUUUGGAUUUGGAACUCCUAGACGAUCAUAUGUGGAAUUAACUGAAAAUGAAACAUCACAGCCUGUUGCAGUUCCCCUUCCUCGUCAACGAUCUGUGCAUUUUACUGAAGAGGCACUACGGAGAGGAAACGGUGGACCGACUUUUAGUGAGAGUCGAGAUGGGAAUAUAAUUAGGAGAGAAAGACGUCAACCAGUUCGUUAUACAGAUUCCCCACAGUUUCUUCAUAAUCUUCCCUUUCUGGGUGCUGUUGUCCAUCGAGUUCCUCAUGAAUUACGGUUCCUUGGAAAUACAUUCCAUGAUGUGGGAUUUGCACUUGAUAAUUUGAUGGAUGAUUCUGAUACUCCUAGGGGAUUUAAUUCUGCUAUAGAGCGUAGUAUUAUGCAACGAAUUGAAGAUGAUACCAAUCGAAUGAUUGAUAGAAGAAUUGCCCAAGAAACAAAUUAUAAUAAAAAGACUAAAAAUGAAAUUGAAAAGAAAAUUGCUAAUCAAGAUGAAAGACAUACUAGUAAUAUUAAAUCAAAUGAGAAUUUAGUAUGUGAAUUAUGUAAUAUUGUAUUAGGUGAAGGUGCACCCGAUGAUUUCAAAGGUGAUAUCAGAUAUAAUGAGAAAUUUUCCAAAUAUUGUGAAACUUAUAAUUGUCAAGCUCCUUGGUUUUGUGUUUAUCCAUUUACUGAAGUUGAUAUUGAAUUGUCAAAACGAAUAUUUGUUGCUAAAUGCGGUCAUUUAUUUUGUGGUAGAUGUGUUAAAAAUAUUGGUAAUCGACCUAAACUGCGUAAAUCGAAAACCAGUAAUGCUAACAGUAGUACUGCUGAGAUAUCAAUAUUGAAUCCAAAAUUUUAUGCACCAUCAACUUGUCCUGAAUUACAAUGUCAAAAGAAAUUUCUGAGUAAAAGUUUUACUGAAGUUUAUUUUUAG